AUGCACGCGCAACGGUUUUUCGGUAGGAAGUCACAGCGCACCGGAGUUGAGCUCUUGCGCGACCCAUUGCUUAACAAGGGCAAUAGUUUUACGGCCAAGGAACGUAAGGACCUCAGUUUGAUAGGCCUGUUACCGGUGCUGGAAGAUGCGGCCUCUGAUACGGAAAAUAGCUAUCAGGAGCUACUGGCGUUGGAGCGUCUUCGAAAGUUAUCUAACGACUUGGACAAGUAUGACUACCUCAUGCGACUUUAUGACACGGACAAAAUUCAUUUCUUCCGCCUGAUUGGUAGGAACGUGCCGGAACUUUUGCCGUUGGUUUACACGCCUACUGUUGGCCUUGCCUGUGAGAAUUAUGCUCUGGUGCACGGCAAUGGACGCGGACUUUUCAUUCCAAUUACCGAAGCAGGCAAUAUUGUUUCUAUCCUCGAAAACUGGCCAACAAAGGAUAUUCGGGCCGUUGUCGUGACAGACGGGGAGGAAGUCCUCGGAUUGGGAGAUCUCGGCGCAUACGCCAUGGGCAGCGUGGUAGGCAAGUUGGCUCUGUGCCCCGCUCUCGCGGGUAUUCAACCGGAGACCUGUCUUCCCAUCGUCCUUGAUGUGGGCACUAACAACACGAAACUCUUGGAGGAUCCGCUGUACUUUGGACUUCGCCAAAAACGAGCAACUGGUGAUAAUUACAACCAGUUCGUUAAUGAAUUCAUGCAAGCCUGCAGCAAAGUAUUCGGCAAGGAUGUGUUCAUUCAGUUCGAGGGAUUUGCCCAUGAAAAUGCCCUUCUUUUUCAACAGCGGUACAGUGUAUUGUACAGCACCUUUAAUGAUGAUAGUAGGAGUACCGCAUCAGCCCUCCUGUCGGGCCUAUUUACUGCGGGCCGGAAGACGGGACGCCAACUGAAGGACGAAAUUUUUGUUUGUUUUGGAGACGAUGAUUCGAUGCUUGAUUUCACCCGUCUCCUUGUGGAAACCCUGAAAUCUCGUUGUUCGCUAAAUGAGCGGGAAGCACGCAGUCACAUUUUCAUGGUGGACAGCCAAGGCCUGAUUGUGAAGAAUAGGUCCAAAGGCGAAAUGAGUGCUGACAAGGCCGCCUUUGCCAGACCAGGUCAAUGUCUCUUCGCACAUGGAGGCCCCCUUCCACUUCACGAGACACCCAAUACCUCGACGACGCAGCCCAAAGUGAGCCAGGCCAACAGUUCAUACAUUUUCCCCGGUCUUGUGUUAGGGAUUUCUGCCCUGCGCAUCCAACCAAUCACCGAUGGAGACUUCAUCACAGCUGCUGAGGCUGUCUCAGAGGUCGUGACAGAGGCGGAUGUCAAUGAGGGCUGUCUCUAUCCCCGGUGGGAAAAAAUACGCUGCGUCUCCUAUAAAGUUGCUUCCAAGAUUGGCCUCAGUGCUUUCAAGCAAGGCCGUUGCCACCUUAAGGGUCUGAAAGAAGAGGACAUUGACAAAUUCAUAAAGGAGCUGGCUUCUUACCCCGACCUAAUUACCUUACAUCUGAUCGCUCAUGUGUGA